AAAAACCCAUAACCGAACUUUAUAACAGCAGCAAAAAGCUACAUGUAAUCGGCGGAAUCUCUCACUUUAUUCUCUUGUCUCUAACUUUUGCCAUUGUUGGUCGAAAGCUAAAUCCUUUUCAGCAAAUCUAUUACAGGCAGGUUGGUUUUGCUUAAGCCAAGAUUCGAUUGGCAUUGCCUUGAGAGUUAAAUCUUCAAUUGGGCUUACAUCAAGAUCUAUUACCUGAGUGCCUAUUUCCUGAUUUGGAUCAUCAGAGUGUAAAAACCUAAACUUUCUUCUUAGGAUUGUGAGCCUCAAGCUUUUCCACAGAUGGGCUUGAUCAGGUGAUGAGACUAUGUACUACUUCAAGAUUGGGACAGCAAGAGGAAGUAUUUGGUUUCUGAUAUGACAAGUCCUUGGUACAAGAGUCUUUCCUCUGUUUUUGGUCUCAGAGGGUUGCUGUUCUUUAUACUCGGUGUCGUGGCUCUUGUUACCAUUUUAGCACCAUUGACAUCAAACUCAUACGAAGCUUCUUCAGCGCUAGUUCCCAACGUUUAUAGUAACUAUAGGAGGAUAAAGGAGCAAGCUGCUGUUGAUUAUCUUGAUCUGAGGUCUCUCUCACUAGGGACUACUCUUAAAGAGUUUCCUCUGUGUGGUAAAGAAAGAGAGAGCUAUGUGCCUUGUUAUAACGUCACAGCGAAUUUACUUGCUGGGCUUCAAGAGGGUGAUGAGUUGGAUCGACACUGCGAGUUUGAGAGAGAUGAGGAGAGAUGUGUAGUGCGUCCUCCAAAGGACUAUAAAAUACCACUUAGGUGGCCACUUGGUAGAGAUAUCAUAUGGAGUGGGAACGUGAAAAUAACCAAAGACCAGUUGCUUUCUUCAGGAACCGUGACAACGAGGUUAAUGUUGCUUGAAGAGAAUCAGAUCACCUUUCACUCGGAAGAUGGCUUGAUCUCUGAUGGGGUCAAAGACUACGCUCGUCAAAUUGCUGAGAUGAUAGGCUUAGGAAGCGAUACUGAGUUUGCUCAAGCUGGUAUACGGACUGUGUUAGACAUCGGUUGCGGAUUUGGUAGCUUUGGUGCACAUCUAGUGUCUUUGAAGAUGAUGCCUAUAUGUAUAGCAGAGUUUGAGGCAACUGGGAGCCAAGUCCAGUUAGCUUUAGAGAGAGGCCUUCCUGCAAUGAUUGGCAACUUUUUUUCAAAACAGCUUCCUUAUCCAGCAUUGUCUUUUGACAUGGUCCACUGUGCUCAUUGUGGUACUACUUGGGACAUCAAAGAUGCAAUGCUACUUUUGGAAGUGGACCGUGUCCUGAAACCGGGAGGGUACUUUGUUUUGACCUCUCCAACAAACAAAGCGCAGGGAAACUUGCCAGACACGAAGAAGACGAGCAUCUCAACGCGGGUGAAUGAGUUGUCUAAGAAAAUCUGCUGGAGUCUAACAGGGCAGCAGGAUGAGACGUUUCUUUGGCAGAAAACUGUAGAUUCAAGUUGCUAUUCAUUUCGGUCUGAAGCUUCUAUACCUCUUUGCAAAGAAGGAGAUAGUGUUCCGUAUUACCACCCAUUGGUUCCAUGUAUAAGCGGAACCACAAGUAAACGCUGGAUCCCUAUUCAGAAUAGAUCUGAUGUUUCAUUAACUACCUCAGCUGAGCUUGAAAUCCAUGGUUUAAAACCUGAAGAGUACUUGGAAGAUACACAAGUAUGGAGAUCAGCACUUAAGAACUACUGGUCCUUGCUUACACCUUUGAUAUUCUCUGACCACCCGAAGAGACCCGGUGACGAAGACCCUCUCCCUCCUUUUAACAUGAUACGCAAUGUGCUGGACAUGAAUGCUCGCUUCGGGAACUUAAAUUCUGCGUUACUCGACCAAGGAAAGUCCGCUUGGGUGAUGAACGUUGUCCCAGUCAAUGCGCGUAACACUCUUCCUAUCAUACUUGAUCGUGGCUUUGCCGGUGUUCUACAUGACUGGUGUGAACCAUUCCCAACGUAUCCACGAACAUAUGACAUGCUUCAUGCUAAUGAACUUCUCACGCUCCUUAGCUCAGAACGGUGCAGCCUAAUGGACUUGUUCUUGGAGAUAGAUCGGAUUCUUCGCCCAGAGGGAUGGGUUGUUAUAAGCGACAAGCUGGGAGUAAUCGAGAUGGCGCGUGCACUGGCAACACGAGUGCGGUGGGAAGCACGAGUCAUUGAUCUUCAAGACGGUAGCGACCAAAGACUUCUCGUCUGUCAAAAACCAUUUCUCAAAAAGUAACAUUAAAAAUGUAUAUAUAUUCUUCUUUUCACUACACAUAAACAACACUCACUAGUCACUACUACACAGUAUUUUCACGGGUAAGUUCUCUGUAAAGAAGAACUUGAAGAAGCUUUUGUAAUGAGUGGAAGCUGUUAGCUUUGAGUAGAAGGAAAAAAAAAAGUUAGAUUCAAUA